CAGCGAGGCGGUUCAGGGCCCCUCAGACACACACACACACACACUCUCCCUCUCACACGCCCGCGCGCCGCCUCAGUCGGCCCCUCGGUCCGUGGACUUCCAGAAGAACUUGUUUGGGAAAGUUACCCGCGACUUCUUCGCUGGAAGUUGUGGCGCUAUGGGUUUUUAUCUGGCCGCUGGUUAUUGAUCCUGGUGGAGUAUCGAUCGGAGAUGGACCUCCAGGUGGUGGUGUGGCUGCUCUACUGCCUGCUGCUGCCCACCCUGCUGAUCACAGCAUGCUUGCUCCGCUACAACGUGCUGUCGCUGGUCUACUUCCUGUACCUGUUGCUGUUGCCAUGGUUCCUGUGUCCAAACAAACACACCAUCCGAGGACCCACCGGCCGCUUCAUCAGAGCCCUGUUCUGCACCAGCCUGCUCUUCAUCCUGGCCCACAUCUGCUUCCAGACGGUCCUGUACACCUACCCUCCCCUCAACAUAGCCAUCGGUGGCAACUGCUCCCAGUGGGAUACCAUCACCCGACACAUUGGACUGUCCAGGCUCCCCUUGGAUGAUCCAUGGAGUGUGGUGCGUCUCCUGUGCCCGGACGUGGGUGUGUGUGUGGUUGCCUUGGCGACCAUGGUGCUAUGCUGCCGGUUGGUGAGGAACAGAGAAAUGCUGGCUGCAGCCAACAUCACAUCACUGGAAGACGAGCCUCCUGAUAAAACCACAGAAGUGAGCGAGGUUGAAGAUAAGGAAGCAGAGGAAGAGGAGCUCUCAGAGGAUGAAGACAGAUCUUCGCCGUGUGACCCAGAGGAGGACGUUUCCACUGCAACCAAAGCCAAGCAGCUGGCAGAGCGCCUGAAGACGGGAGUCCGAAAAGUCCUGCGAGACCUCGGGAGGAUCCUGGCCAUUGGCCUGCUGGCUCUGGCUGGGAUCACGCUGCCCUCCGCCUUCUCGGCCUUCUAUUUCCUUCUCUUCAUCGGAGUGUGCACAUGGUGGGCCUGGCACUUUCCCAUCAGCCACCUGGGCUUCAAUGCUCUGUGUGUGAUGGUUGGCUUCUUCACUGCUGGUCACAUGGUGUGUCUGUACCUGUACCAGUGUGAGCUGGGUCAGGCCCUGUUCCCGCCGCAGAGCCUUUGGGCCAGACUGUUUGGUCUCAAAGACAUUGUCAAACCAGGGAACUGUUCUGCACCGUAUGAGCUCAUCCUGAACACUGAGCAUGACUGGCCUGUCUACGUCAAUCCAGGAAUCCUCUUCCUACUCUACAUUACCACCACCACAGUCCUGAAGAGCGGAACACCAGAGAAGGUUGAGACACAGGAGUCGAGAGGAGAUUCUAGGGAGGAGACGGUGGAGUUGAAAAUGUGGAACCAACACAGAGAUGAAGCUGAAAAUACUCAGCUGAUCCUCCUCUCCAUGGCAGCAGACGGCAGCAGAGAAGAGACGUGCACUGCAGAGGGUCCCUCAGAGCUGGAUGACCGUGGCGCCCCCGGUGGCCAACACAGUGAGAGUCCAUUUUUCGUGUUGGGGAAGUUGGUAAUGCAGCAGAGCUACGUGUGUGCACUCAUCGCCAUGAUGGUCUGGAGCAUCACCUAUCACAGCUGGCUGACCUUUGUGCUGCUGCUGUGGGCUUGUCUCAUCUGGAUCCUGCGGGCCAGACGCCACGCGGCCACACUGUGCUCUCCUUUCAUCCUCCUGUACGGGCUGGCUCUGUGCUGCUUGCAGUACGUGUGGGCCAUGGAGCUGCAGCCGGAACUGCCUACCACCGUGGGAACCAUGAGCCUGCGGCAGCUGGGCUUGGACCGGGCUCAGUACCCAUGUCUGAGACUAGGCGCUCUGAUUCUCUUCACACUGACCUUCUGGCUGCUGGUGCGGCAGUCGGUGAAGGACAACUUCAGCAGGAGGAAGAAGAUGAGCGCUCCACUCCAAGAAGUCACCACAGCAGAGGCAGCAGCUGGUGGCGAGUCAGUUCUGAAGGUUCUGGGUGGGAUGGUGAUGAGUACAUAUGCGAAAUACUGGAUCUACGUGUGCGGCGGGAUGUUCAUCAUGGUCUCCUUUGCUGGGAAACUAGUGGGGUACAAGAUUGUGUACAUGCUGCUGUUCCUGCUCUGCCUCUGUCUCUACCAGGUGUAUUACACUCUGUGGAGGCGCCUGCUGAAGAUCUUCUGGUGGCUGGUGGUGGCCUACACCAUGUUGGUUCUCAUCUCCAUCUACACCUACCAGUUUGAAGACUUUCCUGGGUACUGGAGGAACUUCACCGGCUUCACAGAGGAGCAAUUGGCGGCCAUCGGUCUGGAGACCUUUGCACUGUCUGAGCUCUUCACCAGCAUCGUGAUUCCAGGUUUCUUCCUGCUGGCCUGUAUCCUGCAGCUGCACUACUUCCACAAGCCCUUCAUGAACAUAACAGACCUGGAACAUGUGACUCCUGUGGUCAGGAAGAAGGCCGAGCCCCCGCCCUCUGCUGUGGAUGAUCAGGACUAUGAAGAAGAAGAUCUUGAGACCCAUGUGGACGAUGGAUUUGAGGAUGAAGUGGAGCUGACUCAGAGCAAGUGGGGUCUGGUGAUGGACAGACUGCUGGUGCUGACUGGACGGUUCUCUGACGUCCUGACCAAGAGUCAGGUGUUCAUCUGGAGGCUGCUGGAGCUGCACAUCCUCAAGAUGGUGGCCUUCUUCUCAGUCUGGGUGGCUCUGGAAGAGCCGUCCGUCAUCAACCUGGUGCUGGUGGUCUUCUGGUCACUAGCCAUGCCCUACGCUCGCUUCAGGACCAUGGCCUCCUGCCUGUCCACCGUCUGGGUGUGUGUCAUCAUCAUGUGCAAGAUGCUGUACCAGCUCAGUGUGGUGGACCCCAGAGAGUACUCCAGCAACUGCACUGAGCCUCUCCUGAACGAGACCAACCUGUUGCCGGACGAGAUGAAGAAGUCGAUUCUCUACAAGGAGCCGGUGGAUCCGGCUCAGUGGUUCGGAAUCAGGAAGGAUGACACAGUGCUGGGAUACAUCAAGAACCACCUGAUGGUGUUGAUGCUGCUGGUGUUUGAGGCGACAGUUUACCGACACCAGACACACCAUUACCGGCAGCUGCAGCGCUCACCCCCCUCCAUCCCAACCCUCUUCCCCUCGGCCACCAGGAAGACCCUGGACCAAGGUCUGCUGUCCUGCCUGAAGUACCUGCUCAACUGCACGUUCCACAAGUUCGGACUAGAGAUCUGCCUCCUGAUGACCGUGAAUGUGAUCGGUCAGCGGAUGAACUUCCCGGUCAUUAUUCAUGGCUGCUGGUUAGUCACCAUCCUGGUGAGGCGGCGGCGAGCGGCCAUCGCUAAGAUCUGGCCCAAAUAUUGUCUCUUCCUGUCCGUCUUUAUGAUCUACCAGUACGUCCUGUGUGUGGGGAUCCCACCUGCGCUGUGCAUUGACUAUCCCUGGCGAUGGAACACUCAGAUUCUGAUGAACUCAGCUCUCAUCAAGUGGAUCUAUCUGCCCGACUUUUUCACCAUCCCCAACUCUAGGAACCUCAUUGCGGACUUUGUGCUGCUGAUGUGUGCGUCACAGCAGUGGAAGGUGUUUGAGUGUGAGCAGCAGGAGGACUGGCUAGUUUUGGCCGGGGAGAACACGGAUGAGCCUGACCCGAUGGAAGGUCAACUCUUCAAUCCUGCUCCCAACUUCAUCAACUGCAGGAGCUACCUGGACAUGGUCAAGGUUCUGGUGUUCCGACACCUCUUCUGGUUUGUCCUGGCGGUGGUAUUCAUCACGGGGGCGACCAGGGUUUCCAUAUUUGGGCUGGGGUACCUGCUGGCCUGCUUCUUCUUCCUGCUGUUCGGCACCCGGCUGCUGGUGAAGCCGUCCAGAACCCGACUGGCUCUAUGGGACUGUCUGAUCAUCUACAACGUGGCCGUCAUCAUAGCCAAAAACACCUUAUCAAUCCUGGCCUGUGUGUUUGUGUUCGAGAUGCAGAAGAGCUUCUGCUGGGUGAUCCAGCUGUUCAGUCUGGUCUGCACCGUAAAAGGAUACUACGAUCCCAAUGCGGUGAGCGAUAAAACCUGUAGCCUCCCGGUGGAGGAGGCCGGAAUUAUUUGGGAUGGCAUCUGCUUCCUUUUCCUCCUGCUGCAGAGGAGAGUCUUCCUCAGCUUCUACUUCCUGCACGUCACCACUGAGUUGCAGGCCUUUUCCAAGCAGGCGUCCAGAGGAUUCAUGCUCUUCAAAGCCAGCAUGGUGAAGAACAUCAAGAGUCACCAACAGGCCGAAAAGAAAUCUCUGUCGCAGCUAAAGAGAUCGAUGCAGAGAAUACGAGCGAAGCAACAGAAAUACAGGGAAGGACCCAACAUCACAGAGGAGCCGGAGGAAGAUGCGGCUGCAGAAAGCAGGACAGAGAAGAAGAGGUUCAGGAAGAAGCAGUGGCACCGGCCAUGGCUGGACCAUGCUACAGUGCUCCACUCAGGAGAAUACUACCUGUUUGAAUCCGACAGUGAGGGAGAGGAGGAGCUGCAGGCAGAAGAGCAGAAGCCCCAGAAACUCACAGCUUAUCAGCUGGCAUACCAGGCCUGGGUGACCACCGUCAAAACUGCUUUGAGGGAGCGACAGAGACACCAGAGGAGAACUGAGAGGAACCAUGACACUCAAGUGCCGGUGGAGGAGGACUGCGCUACCAUUGGUUGCGGAGACAAUGAUGUGUUUGAGGGCCCUCUGAUCCAGGACCAUGAAGAAGAACCAGAGGAGGAGGUGUCAGCUCACGGCGAGAUGGUCCAGAGGCUGCUGGACAUCCUCCUCUUCCUGUGGGCCAUUGUUCUGGCCAUGGUGGAUGGACUGACCCAGUGGCUGAACCUGCUGACCAAGCAGUACAGAGAGACCUCCACUGUCCUCUGCAACGAGCGCUACUACAUCAUCCACAAGAUUCAGCAGCACCAGACCCAAACCGAGUCUAGACCCGACCUGCUGGACAGCGAGAGUCCCACCAUGGAGACGCUGCUGGGGGAGACAGACGUAGAAACCUCCACCUAUAGUUACCUGGAGGUGGAUCCCCCAAGUGUCCCUGGCCAGUCCACACCCAGGCCCAGACUGCACAGCUCCGACAACCUGACUCUGGACCCAAUGCCGGUGCAGCUGAUACCUGAACCAUCCAGACAAGAGCACCGACACUCCAGGACAGCCAGCGAGCUGCUGGGCGAGCGCCAAUUCUUCGUGGAGGAGCUGGAAGAGAGCAGGGAGUUCUACGACAACCAGAACCGACUCCUCAAGCUGCUCUUCGCGCUCCACAGCCUGCUGGCAGCCAACUCGGAGCUUGUCUGCUACUUCAUCAUCGUGCUGAACAAUGUGGUCAGCGCCUCCGUCAUUUCUCUGGUGCUGCCCAUCCUGGUCUUCCUCUGGGCCAUGUUGGCCGUCCCCCGACCCACAAAGAGGUUCUGGAUGACGGCCAUUGUCUACACAGAGGUCAUGGUGGUGGUGAAGUAUCUCUUCCAGUUUGGAUUCUUUCCCUGGAACAGCGCAUACGAGAUGACCCUCAACGAGGACAAGCCCUUUUUCCCUCCAAGGAUUCUGGGUCUGGAGAAGACGGAUAACUACAUUCGCUAUGACCUACUACAGCUGCUGGCUCUGUUCUUCCACAGAUCGUUGCUGAUGCGCUAUGGCCUGUGGGACCACGAGGGCCCGCUGGAGGACCACAGCAACACGGCCAACGGUCAAGAGGAAGCCAAGACGAGUGAUGGUGAUGGACAGAGGAGGGACAGUCAGGAUGAAGAGCGGGCCAGUAUGAGGUCCACGUCCACCAUGGAGAACAUCGAAGUGACUGACACCAACCCAAUGGAGAAGGAGGAUGGAGAGAGUCCUGGACCCAGUACCAGCUUUGUCCCUGACACUGGACCCCCAUCACCACCUACUGACCAGCUUGCUUUGGACCAUCUGGUCCACAUCUCGGUGCAGGAUGAUGUUGUGAUUCCUCAAAGUGAGGAUGGGGAGAAGGUCGUGGAGGUCACACCGAAGAAGAGCAGCCUUGUCCGGCUCCGGAAGAAGAUGAAGAAACAGAAGCAGAGAGACGCUCCAUCCCCAGAUCAGAUGUCCAACUCCAGCAACGAUCCCACAAAGAAGAAGAAAGGUCGGCGGAGGGAGGCAGCCAGUCAGAGGCUGAUGGCUGUAGGACAAAAGCUGAAGCACGUCUUCGUCUCUGGAGUCCAGAGCGUCUAUAGGCCAGCUCAGAGUUUCUUCAGGGACAUUCUUCAUGCCGAGUAUCGAGCUGCCACUGAUGUCUACGCUCUGAUGUUCCUCACUGACGUGGUGGACUUCAUCAUCAUCGUCUUCGGGUUCUGGGCCUUUGGGAAACACAGCGCUGCAGCCGACAUUGCGUCCACAUUGUCAGAGGACCAGGUUCCCGAGGCCUUCCUGGUGAUGCUCUUGAUCCAAUUCAGCACCAUGAUCAUCGAUAGAGCUCUGUACCUGCGCAAGGCUGUCCUGGGGAAACUCAUAUUCCAGGUGAUUCUGGUGUUUGGUAUCCACCUGUGGAUGUUCUUCAUCCUUCCGGCCGUCACAGAGAGGAAGUUCAACCAGAACUUUGUGGCUCAGCUCUGGUACUUCGUCAAGUGUAUCUACUUUGGCCUGUCAGCGUAUCAGAUCCGCUGUGGCUACCCGACUCGCAUCCUCGGAAACUUCCUCACCAAGAAAUACAACCACCUCAACCUCUUCCUCUUCCAGGGGUUCCGUUUGGUGCCGUUUCUGGUGGAGCUGCGAGCUGUGAUGGACUGGGUCUGGACAGACACCACGCUCUCUCUGUCCAACUGGAUGUGUGUGGAGGACAUCUAUGCCAACAUCUUCAUCAUCAAGUGCAGCCGCGAGACAGAGAAGAAAUACCCACAGCCGAAAGGACAGAAGAAGAAGAAGAUUGUGAAAUAUGGAAUGGGCGGACUCAUCAUCUUCUUCCUCAUCUGCAUCAUCUGGUUCCCCUUGCUCUUCAUCUCACUGGUCAGAUCCGUGGUGGGUGUGGUCAACCACCCCAUCGAUGUCACGGUGACGGUCAAGCUGGGAGGAUAUGAGCCUCUGUUCACCAUGAGUGUGCAGCAACAGUCCAUUCAGCCCUUCACAGAGGCAGAGUACGAAAACCUCACCAAGAAGUUUGGAGACAAUGCGGUUGCGAUGCAGUUCAUCACUCUGUAUGGCUACGAGGACAUUGUAACGGCCAAGAUUGAGGGCAGCUCAGGCUCCGUCUGGAGGAUCAGUCCGCCAAGUAGACAGGAAGUGGUGAAAGAACUGCUGAGCAGCCCGGUGGACCUGACGCUGCGUUUGGCCUGGACCUUCCAAAGGGACCUGGGCAAAGGCGGGACAGUGGAACACACCUUUGACAAACACUCCAUCGACCUGGAGCCGGGGAACCCAGUCCGAGCAGAUCUAGCCUCGCUGCUGGUCGGGAACAGCACCAAACCUGUGCUGGUCCCUCAUUUGUUCCCCAACUACAUCAGAGCACCCAACGGAGCCGAGGCUCGCCCUGUCAGCCAGCUGCUGAAUGGUGAAGACAGGUUCCUGAACCUCACGCUGUCUCUAAUGAGCGAGCGCUCACUCAAUGCUGCCGGCAACCAGGAGUGGUGGGACAUCGCCAUCGCCGGCUGCUCCUCGUCCUGCGACGUCCUGCCCAUGGUGGUCUUCAACGACAAAGUCAGUCCCCCGAGCCUGGGGUUCCUGGCUGGAUACGGGAUCAUGGGUCUGUACGUGUCGGUAGUUCUGGUCAUUGGAAAGUUUGUCCGUGGGUUCUUCAGUGAGAUCUCUCACUCCAUCAUGUUCGAGGAGUUGCCAUGUGUGGACCGCAUCCUCAAGCUGUGCACCGACAUCUUCCUGGUGCGUGAGACAGGAGAGCUGGAGCUGGAAGAGGAACUCUACUCAAAGCUGAUCUUCCUGUAUCGAUCACCUGAGACGAUGAUUAAAUGGACCCGAGACGUUCACAACCAGGACCGACACUGAGGGACGAGGUUAGCGACAGAUGACUGCAUUAUCCAGCCAAGGAGCAGUGAAUGUACAAAGAGAUCUCCCCGGUGAAGCGUUGUGACUCUCCUGGACGACCUCUUCAGCACUUGGCUCAAACACUGACGUCGGGACGUGGCCUCAGUCCUGCUGAUCACACUGACUGGAGGAUCCUGAACAUGACAGAGGAGACUCUGUCGUGACUUGGUCGUGUUCGUCUCCCGACGUGGCUGCAGGCGAUCAUGAAGGGAGGAGAGACAGUGCCAUACACACAUUUGCAGCAUCCACAGACGACGUGUUGUGUGGUCUGAGGGAAGAAAGCAGCCACAGUCUGACAUUGAAACUCAAAUGUUGUGGCGAGAGCAUGAAGACAGCUCAUUGUUGUCACACGCUCACACCUCUGUGAUGUUCGUCGUCGAUUGAAAAUUAAGUUAUUAAUGUUUGGAAACUGGUGAUUGUUGAUGUUGCACAUGAUCAUGUGAUCAAAGACAGUGACAGAAGUCCUUGUCAAAGAGUAAUAAA